GCCGAGUACAUAUUUCCUCCUCCUGCCCGCCAUGCAGCGCAGUAUUUUCUUAUCGCUCAGCAAUGGCCACAGAAACGCAGACACCGCUGUCCAUCGUCAACCGCAUCGGCGCCAUCCCGCUCGUGCACGACUCGCUGACGACGCUGCACUCGACGCUCUCGACGAACCCGUACACGCAGAGACCGUACACGACGGCGCAGGGCAUCACCGUAACCGCCUACCAGAAGAUCGGCGAGCCGCUGCAGACACGGCUCGCGCCGAUCCUCGUGAAGGCGGACGGGUACGCGAACAAGGCGGUCGACGUCGUCGAGAGCAGGUAUCCAUACCCGUUUAAGACGCCGACGGAGGACAUCGUGAAGGACGUGAAGGCGAAGAGCGACGAGGCGCGCGACGUCGCCACGAAGACGAUCGAUGACCGCGUCAAGAAGCCCGUCGCAGGUGUAGCGCAGGGUAUUGACCAGCGCUUCGCACCCCUCGUCGACCUUUUCGAGCUGUACGUGAGCAAGCUGCACGCACAGGUGCCCGAGACGCCCGCCGCACAACACCCUAUCGAGUCCCCGACAUACCAGUACCAGCGCGCCUACGCCCUCACCCGCAACCUGCGCGACUCCCUCUACGUCUAUUCCAAGGAACAACUCGAGCAGCUCGAGUCCCAAAGCACACUCCUCCAACGCGCCGCCGCGACCGCACACACCAUCUCCACGACCGCCUCCUCCUCCUACGCCUCCGCGCAGCACAAGGUGCACGCCCUCUCGGACACCAUGAUCUCCGAAAUCCGCGCUAUCCAGUCCACCACGGCGACCCUCCCCGCGCACGUCCAGCACACGCUGCACGACCUCACCGGCGCGCUCGCCGCGACCGCGCACCAGCUCUCGGCCAUCCUCACGCAGUCGGACGUCCCGCUCGCGAGCAAGGUCGCGCAGGUGAGGGUGACCGUGCAGGAGCGCGUGCAGCCGCUGCUGGAGGGCCUCAACGCGCGUGUCGAGGGCACGCUCGCGGCGAUCAGGGGCAAGACUCAGGAGGUGAAGGAGAAGACGGAGGAGUCAGAGGCGCCGGCGGCGGGUAAGGGGGAUGCGCCGAGCUUUGCAGCGGUCGUCAAAAAUGAGGAGCCCGUACCGGAGAGCUUGAAGACCAACGGGCAUUCAGAGUAAUUUCCCUGUUCGUUUCCUUUUCCUUCGUCACUUGGAUUAUUCCCUUCGUUUGCUCUUACCAUAGACUGAUUCCCCGUGCCCAACCGAUCUGUAUCGUUUAUUCGGAUAUGUAGGUUAACCUAUGUGAUCUCUACGUUUACUUAACGCCUUCUACUGUAAUGAAUGGAUGGCCGUAGGCUUGGGGCUCCGCUCUUCAGGAUGA